CUGAGAUGUAAGAUAGUGGUGAACUGCACCAACCCCAACACCAUAUCCCUUCUGGCUGCCCUGGAGAACGUCAUGACAUUGUACUCCAUACGACCUGUCAUGAACCUCUCAACCCCCACCAACAUCAGCAUGUACUUCACUCUCUACGGCAUCCUGGGUGUGGUAAGGAGUAGUAGGACAGCAUGGUAUCCUGGGUGUGGUAAGAAGUAGUAGGACAGCAUGGUAUCCUGGGUGUGGUAAGGAGUAGUAGGACAGCAUGGUAUCCCUUUCAACUACUUCACCUGAGGAGACAUACCAUUAAAUCCAUCAAUGUAUUUGACAUGUGCAAUAUAGUUCUGAAUGUUCUUCCACUUCCUGUUUUGUAGACGUAUGUAAAAUGUGGCUUUAUUGCCAUUACUUUGUAGGGAAACUAAUUCUCUUUUCAGGAAGAAAAAGCACAACUGUUGAACACCUACAUUUGGCUGGUGAAGGAAUGGGAGAAUGAAUUUUUCAGCUGGGACCCAGUCCAUUGCGGCUCUGCCAAUAUUUCUCUCCCCAGGGAAAAGUUCUGGUCACCAGAUGUGGUAAUCAAUGAAUUUAUGGAUGAAAACAGAGCUCCCAUCGUCCCUUAUGUGUACAUUAAGCACACUGGUAUAGUGCGAGACGCCAACCCUGUCAGAGUGGUUAGCUCCUGUAACCUGGAGAUCUACACCUUCCCCUUUGACGUCCAGAACUGCACCUUCACCUUCAGAUCCUACAUCCACCACGUGUCGGACAUAAGGAUUAUCUUAGGGAAGAAGGUGGAGGACAUCCUGAAACGCUCCAUUAGCGUGUUGUCCACCGAAGGGGAGUGGGAGCUGAUGGACAUCAAAUCCAGCAAGUUCAAGUUAUCAACAUUCGAUCAGGGAGAAAGCAACCCCUAUGAUGAGCUUUGCUUCUAUAUUGUCCUGAGGCGCAGAGCCACCCUCUACGUGGUGAACCUCCUGAUCCCCAGCUGCUUUCUCAUCACUGUGGAUCUCUUCAGCUUCCUGCUGCCUCCCCAGAACGUGGACCGCUCCUCCUUCAAGAUGACCCUAAUUUUGGGCUACUCCGUCUUCCUGCUCAUCAUAAAUAACCUGCUGCCCGUUACAGGAAGCACCAUUCCACUGAUAAAUGUGUUCUUCGCCAUCUGCUUGGCUCUGAUGGUGGCCAGCCUGCUGGAGACUAUUCUCAUCACCAACCUCCUGGUCGCCCCCUGUAACUUCCACCCUGUGCCUGGCUGGGUCCGAGUGCUCGUCCUGCGCUUCAUGGGCACCCUCGUCUGGCUGCCUCAGAAAUCCAGAGAGGACAAGAUCAUCCUCAAUCCAGUUGCAAGAGAAACAGACGUGAAAGUCUGCCCUCUAGUGACGGUGGAGAGACAGGUUCAAACAGGAGAACCAGGUAAGAUGUGGGCAGAGGCAGGCGAUCCAGCCCUGGUGGAGCUGAGGAAUCUGGGCAAUGAGCUCCAGUCCAUCCGCCUCCAGGUGGCCCAGCAUGUGGACGGGAACCAGAUCUCCCAGGACUGGAUGCAGGUGGGCUACAUCCUCGACCGGUUGCUGUUUGGCAUCUACUGCAUCUUCAUCACCUUCAGCUUCAUCGUAAUCCUCAGCAUCUGGAGUAAUUCGUACAAACAGUGA